GUGCUUGUUCAACCCUCUCGGGGCCUCUCAUGUCAGUCUUCAUCUGGUAAAGUGGAAAUGUUUUCGCGUUACUGACCCUCUUACCUUCAGUGCAUUGACAUGAGUUGGUGGUACCGAAGACAGGCACGGCUACAUUCAGGUCAGCCUCGAUCCACGACCCGACAACAUCACUUGUGGUAAAGAUUGUUUUACAGCCGACACUUGUACUGUGCUACCAUUAAAAGACAUGGAAGUCGAAAUAGUGAUGCAGGAUAAUCUCCCCAGUGUCCAUCCGUCUGCUAGUGACAAACAGCAGACAGCUCCUGACAACAAACAGCAGAAAGAUACUGGCGACUCGAAACAGACGGUUCCUAAUGACGGACAACUGGCAGCGUCUAAUGGCGGGCAGCACACGACAGUGACCCGGAUAGAAAUGUUAUACACUGUCACAGAAACGCCACCUUGGUACCUGUGUAUCCUGCUGGCUUUCCAGCAUUAUUUGACGGCUUUUGGUUCUACUAUAACUGUACCUCUGGUGCUGGCUAAACACCUCUGCGUGGCGGGUGACGUAGUCGGGUUGAGUGAAAUAUUGGGAACUAUUUUCUUUGUAUCCGGUAUUUCUACGCUGCUACAGACGACGUUUGGUGUACGGUUACCGAUUGUGCAGGGUGCGACGUUUGCGUUUCUGGCCCCGGCUAUUUCCGUCCUAAAUCUUCCUAUAUGGCAGUGUCCGUUCAACGAAACGAGUCAGACGGAUGUAUCGUUCAACAGCACACAGUUUGGAGAAAUUGGAGGCGACGCGCAUCGAGAAAUUUGGCAAUCAAGGAUACGAGAGAUUCAAGGUGCUGUCAUGGUUGCGUCUUUGUUUCAAGUGCUGAUCGGGUUCAGUGGUCUAAUGGGCAUGGUGCUUCAUUUCAUUGGUCCACUGUCGAUAGCACCAACAAUCGCUCUGAUUGGUCUGUCGUUGUUUGACGCGGCAUCCGAGAAGGCUUCUAAACACUGGUGGAUUGCGAUAACAACUGUGAUCCUGAUUACCGUGUUUUCGCAGUACCUGAGAAACAUCACUGUGCCGUGCCCCCGGUACACUAAGAAGGAUGGGUGUGCUGCUUCCAGAAAGCCCGUUUUUAAACUCUUUCCGAUUCUGUUGGCGAUGGGCGUUGCCUGGGUGAUAUGCGCCUUACUGACGGUGUUCGGCGCCCUUCCGUCCGACCCGGACGACUGGGGCUACUACGCACGGACGGAUGUACGUUCUAGAGUUCUUACAGAGGCUCCGUGGUUUCGUUUUCCGUAUCCAGGUCAGUGGGGAAUGCCGACAGUGAGUGCCUCGGCAGUGUUUGGGAUGUUAGCUGGCGUGAUGGCAUCCAUGAUUGAAUCAGUGGGAGAUUACUACGCAUGCGCCAGUCUGACGGGUUCUCCGCCACCACCGGUACAUGCGGUAAAUAGAGGUAUUGGUAUAGAAGGCAUCACGUGCAUUAUUGCUGGGGCGUGGGGAACGGCAAACGGUACAACCUCCUACAGUGAAAACGUUGGUGCCAUUGGAAUAACAAAGGUUGGCAGCAGGGCGGUGGUCCAGACGGCGGGGGUGCUGCUCGUGUUGAUGGGGUGUAUGGGUAAAGUAGGAGCACUGUUCGUCACCAUGCCAGACCCCGUUGUAGGCGGGAUGUUCAUUGUAAUGUUUGGCAUGAUCACAGCUGUAGGUCUUUCCAAUUUGCAACACGUGCAGCUGACGUCAUCAAGGAAUCUGUUCAUCCUUGGCCUGUCCCUGUUUCUGGGUCUAUCACUUCCCAAGUGGAUGCAGAACAAUAAACAGGUGAUCAAAACAGGAAAUGCGAGUUUUGAUCAGAUUGUUGAGGUUCUUCUCAGCACCAGUAUGUUUGUAGGAGGAUUCUUAGGAUUUCUGCUUGACAACACGUUGCCUGGAACAGCAGCUGAAAGAGGGAUUCAGAAAUGGCGGGAACGUAGCACACAUCCUGACGACUACAGCAGCGCGUCAGACAUGCACAUCUACGAUCUACCUCUCGUCCAGAAAUAUCUUGACCAGUGCAAAUGGACACGGUAUCUGCCGUUUUUACCCACCAGUGAGGGAAACAAUCAAAGAAAAUGUCAAUGCUCAAUAGCAUCACUUUGCAAAUGUUUUGUGAAAAAGCAGAAAAACACGAAUGUUCCAUGACUGUAAGAGAAUGCAAAGAACUUUCUGUUCGGUACUUCAUAUACAAUUCACUAUGCGAGUUUCACUAUGCAAUUCUAAAAUGUUAAAUACUACAUGUAUAUGCUAAUUAAUUUUCAAACUGAUCAAAUUGAUUCGCACGUGCAGUCACUGAGUAUCAAAACAGUUAGAAAUACCACCUGUUUUGGUUUGUUAUUAAGCACAUACUGCUCCCCUAAAGCGCAGUACUGUUAUGCAUACAUCAUUUAUUGUUGGGUGUUUGUUUUUUAGGUUAUUUAUGUUCUCUUUUCAUUUUCCACUAUUUUGGGUUUUGAUUGUUAUUGUAGGGUCGUUGUGCAACACGGUUGCCAACGACCUAUUUACUUUUUAUGUUAAAAAAGGCUUUGGUACAGCAUAUCAUGUGUACAUAUACAUUUAUCAGUAUUUGGUUAGUGGAGGAAGGUUAUCAAGUUUUACUAGGAGUAUAUCUCAAGGCUCAUGUAUAUCACUUACAUUAUUAUUAUUAUUAUUAAAGUUUAAAAUGUUCUCUGUCAAAAUUCCAAAUGAAUAGUAGUAUUAAGUUUGUGUCUGCAAAUUGUCAGGGCCUUGCAGAUAAAAAGGUUUUGAGAGAUGUGUUAAAUUACUAUAAAUCAAAAACAUAUUCAAUAAUAUGUUUGCAGGACAUUCAUAAAGAUGAAAAUGAUGCACGGCGGAUGAAACAUUUAUGGAAUAUGCACACACUAAUACCACCUUGUAAUACAGGACAGAGAGGAGUUGCUAUUCUAUUUAAUAAUAAUAAUGAAUAUGUUACGAACAUUAGUAUUCAAACGCUCAAGAUUUAUGUUUAUGAGUUGGCGAAAUGGAACAACUACUAGUAAUUAUUUCUGAAUAUUUUUGUUUCUGAUCAGUGUUAGUUACCAGUUAUUAACUGAUUUGUGUUACCCUUUGUAAAAUGAAUAUUCUAAUACAACUUUCAAUAAAUUGAAUUAUGAC